GGGCCAAUUUCUUCCUCUUUUUCCUCGUUAAUGCCUUCAAACCAGAGAGGGAGGAGAGAGAGAGAGCUGCUUUCUCUUUUCUUCUUAUAGAUCCGCUAUCUCGAUUUCUUAUCUCGUAUACUUUUGAAUUCAACUGUCGACCAACGAUGGGAGCGGCGCCGGAGUGCCGAGCGCCGAGGGGGAGGAGUGGGGGCGGCGACGGCGUGGAAGACGAGGGCGCUGCGGGGGCGGCGCUGGGGGACCCCAAGUGGUGGCCGCCGGGGUUCCGCUUCCACCCGACGGACGAGGAGCUGGUGCUCUACUACCUCAAGCGCAAGGUCUCCCGCCGCCGCUUCCGCCUCCCCAUGAUCGGCGACGUCGACGUCUACAAGUGCGAGCCUUGGGAGCUCCCUGAGAAAUCAGUGUUCAAGAGUGGUGACAAGCAGUGGUACUUCUUCAGUCCAAGAGACAGGAAGUACCCUAAUGGAUCGAGAUCAAAUCGAGCUACCAAAUAUGGCUACUGGAAGACUACAGGAAAGGACCGGGCCAUCUCUCAGAAGUCAAAGGCUGUGGGUAACAAGAAAACCCUUGUUUACUACCAUGGCCGUGCUCCUAGAGGAGAGCGCACCGAUUGGGUCAUGCACGAGUAUACCUUGGAUGAGCAGCUGCUCAUGAGCUGCAACAGCGUGCAGGAUUGUUAUGCUCUUUAUAAGGUCUUUAGGAAGAGUGGACCUGGUCCGAAGAAUGGGGAACAGUAUGGUGCGCCUUUCAGAGAAGAGGAGUGGGAAGAUGAUGGCGAAAAUAAUAGCUCCAGAAACCAGAACAGCAAGGAAGACACAGCAUCUGAACAUCCUUAUAGUGUAAGCUCUGCCGGCAUGCCGGGUGAUGAGGGGAGUAGACUUCCAAUGGACUUUCUUGAGGACUUUUCGCUACAAUUGUCUAAUGAACUGCAACCUUCCAAAUGUUCUGCAUAUGUUUCAGAGAUUAAUGCUGAAGCAGAAGUUGGAAGCCAUACUGCAGUGCCAUGUCUUGUAGAUGCUAAUUUUGGUGAACGAAAUCUCAACUGUUGUGAGCUGAGCGGCGAGGAGCAACAAUCUGAGAUUGACAAGCCAGAUCCAGCUUGCAUGCAGCCUGCCAAGGAUCCUGCGAUAACAUCCAUUUCCAUUUGUUCUGAGCAGGACCAAUUCAGAGUUGAUGAAGAGUUCUUGGAGAUCAAAGAUUUCAACGACCCAGAGUCUGUAGAGUGGAGAGUAGAUGAUGUCAUCAACACGGACAUCAUUCAAGAUGCUGGUGGAUUAUAUAAUUCUUAUGAUUAUUUUGAUGCACCCAUGUUUUUAGCUGAAGAUUUCGAUGCUCUUGAUGGAGCAGUCCAGAAUCCAUAUUCCUAUGAAACCCGAGAAUCUGAUAUCACCAGUGAGCUCUGGACAUAUGAGCAGGAUUUCAGUGCGGCGACUGCUGCCGAGUCAAAUGAUGUUAUUGUUGCACCACCAGCAUCAGGUGCUGUAUAUGCUAGUACUCCAUCGAAUCCUGGGGAUAACACCCAGGGGCAGAUUAGUCCUGUUAGAAGUGCCUCAGACUCAUGGUUCGGUUCGGCACUCUCUGCUUUGUUAGAGUCUGUACCAAGCAGUCCUGCAAUAGCCUCAGAGAAUGCUUUGAUAAGUAGAGCACUUCGACGCGUUUCAAGCUUCAGAGCAGGGCAGAAUGGAGCCCAAGAACCAAAUGGAACCACAGGUGGAGGCACUUUGGCUUCUGGGAGGCAGAGAGAGAGCCACAAUGGUGGGUUCCUAUUUACCUCAUUCCUGGUUGGCCUUGUUGCUGUCUUUUGGGUGUUGACAAUUGGAGCUGCAGUAAAAAUUUUCAAGGGUUUAUGGGACAAGUUCGUAUUGUCAUAGUCAUAUGUUGGCUCGAAUAUUUACUCGGAAGGAAAGGAGAAAUAUUAGAUAUUAUAGCGGCGCUCAGGAUGGUGCAUUGGCGAGAAAGGAAUGUUUGUAGCUGUGCAUCAUUAGAGGUGAGCAAUGCUGCCAACUUCCUGGUCGGCAUCAUGCUAAGUUUUUUACUGCAAUGCUGAUGGAGGAUUCGCAGAACGAAUUCUUUCCACCGCACCAGUGCUAUCGAAUGGUUCAUGUAUUGAUCUGCAUCUCAUUCUCUUUGUUCACAGGAAUGUUUAUUUGGCAGAUCAUUUGUCCACAAGAUUCUUGUUGGAUAAUACAUGCCAAACGAGAUUAGCCUGCAGCAUAUGCACUAACGGUCAUGUUUUACGCUUGAAUUUUACUAUUUUAAGGUACAUUUGGUGCCAUACACAACCCUUUGCCCAUGGAGGCUUGAGUCCUCUCAACCCCAUGAAUUUUACAAUGUUGGCAUGGGUUGUGGUGGAGAAGAGCAGUCAUCUGACUCACCACUUUAGCAUCUGAAUUUAGUCACUUUGAUUGCCAACAUCUUGUCAUUUCAUAAAUCUCUUUUCGGGU